AUGCAGUACACCAACAUCGCCCUGUUUUUCCUUGCAGCGUCCAGCUCACUUGUGGCAGCGACACCAGCUGGCCGAGCUGGCGUGGUCAAGAGGCAGGCCAACCCGGCUGCAAAUGACGGAGCGAAGGGUGUUCUAGCCGCCCAAAAAGCCGAGUUGGCCAAGGCUCUGGAGGACGCCGGCAUAGCCGGCGCCAUAACUACUGGUGCGCAAGCACAGUCCGUCCUCGCAGAGCUCGAGGCCUCCCUGGGCAUCACGCUCAACACGGCGACAGCAACCGCAGGCGGCGCCCAGGCCACAGCCGCGGCCGGGGGGCAGGGACAGGGACAGGGCCAAGGACAGGCUGGCGCCGGCGGCGCCCAGGCCGGUGCGUCGGGCAAGUCGGGAGAGGCCAAGGCAACGGGUGCCGCCGGGAACCAGGGGGCCGGAAAUGCGCAGGCGACUGGGGCUGCGGCCGCCCAGCAGACCGGUGCUGCGGGGGCUGCUGGCAAUGGAAACGGCGGUGGGAAUGGAAAUGGGAAUGGAAAUGCUGCGGGAAACCAGGCGCAGCAGAAUGCGGAUGCGGUGGCUGAACUGAGCGCAGCCAACGUGGCCGCGCAGGCGUCCCAGAGCGCGGCCAUCGUUGCUGCUCAGCAGGGCUCGCCAGCGGGCGUGCGGUAA